ACGCCGGAGGAGUGUGUGACGCGACGCUACCGGUAGGAACCUCUUGUUCACAGCUUUUGUUUCCGGGCGGACCGUUUCGCUCAGGACCGGAAGCAUGGCGUUCAACUUCGGCGGCGCGUCGGGCAGCGCGAGCGCUCCGGGCUUCUCAUUUAAGUCAUCUUCAUCCACUCCGUUUGGUUUCGGCGCCUCAACCACAACCACCGCCAGCAGCGCCACGGGCUUCGGUCUGACCGGAACCGGCUUUGGAGCGCCGACCACCACAUCAGCUUCCACAGGCUUCGGCUUCGGCACUGGUGGCACGGGAUUCGGGCCCCUGGUCUGCAGUGCGGGCCCUGGCCCCGCCCCCUCUGCCGCUGCUGUUAGUUUCGGCGGGUUCGGUUUGGGCCCUGCGGCCCCGGUGUUCAGUUUCGGCAGCGGCCUCGGGGGAGCAGCAGGAGCGUUUGGCGGGUUCGGCUCCACCACCACCUCCGCCGGCACUGGGUCAAGCUUCAGUUUCUCCACACCGGCUAACACAGGUUCGAGUCUCUUCAACACCCAGAGUAAGGGCUUCGGCUUCUCCAGCGCUCCGGCUCCGGCUUCAGGCUUCACUGGGGCUCUGGGUGGAGGAGCUCUGGGCUUUGGAGGCUUCGGUGCGCUGCAGAACACACAGCAAGGUGGUGUGUUCGGCCAGCAGGCUCCGCCCCCGUGCAGUCAGCUCUUCAACACAGCGAGCGCUCUCUCAGCGCCGGCGGUCCUCAGUGACGAGCGAGACUCCAUCCUGGCGCGCUGGAACCAACUGCAGGCAUUCUGGGGGAUCGGCAGAGGAUACUACUGCAGCACCACACCGCCUGUAGAGUUCAGCCAGGAGAACCCAUUCUGCAGAUUCAAGGCGGUGGGCUACAGCUGUGUUCCAGAUGUGCGUGAUGAGGACGGUCUGCUGGCUCUGGCUCUGGGGAAGCGUGAGGCAGAUGUGCGUCUGCAGCAGCAGCAGCUGGUCGAGUCUCUGCACAAACUACUGGGAGGAGCACACACACUUUCCGUCAAUGUGGAGGGGGUGCGCGCGCUGCCGGACGACCAGACGGAGGUGAUCAUCUAUGUGGUGGAGCGCUCCCCGAACGGCUCCUCUAAGCGUGUGCCGGCGUCGACGCUCUACAACUUCCUGGAGCAGGUGAACAUCAAAACACAACUGCAGCAGCUGAGCGUGAUCAUGACCGUCAGCCGCACCGCCCUGAGCCCAGCACAGCUCAAACAACUGCUGCAGAACCCCCCCGCAGGUGUGGACCCCAUCAUCUGGGAACAGGCUAAAGUGGACAAUCCAGACCCAGAGAAGCUGAUUCCGGUGCCGAUGGUGGGCUUCCGUGAGCUGCUGCGCCGGCUGAAGAUCCAGGAGCAGAUGACCAAACAGCACCAGACACGAGUGGACAUCAUCUCCACAGACAUCAGUGAGCUGCAGAGGAAUCAGGCCACCACCGCCGCCAAGAUCACACAGUACAAACGCAAACUGAUGGACCUCUCACACAGAGUGCUGCAGGUGUUGAUCCGGCAGGAGGUGCAGAGGAAGAGUGGUUACGCCGUGCAGCUGGAUGAGGAGCACCUGCGGGUGCAGCUGGAGACCAUCCAAUCAGAGCUCAACGCACCCACACAGUUCAAGGGACGACUGAAUGAACUCAUGUCUCAGAUUAGGAUGCAGAAUCAUUUUGGAGCGGUGCGAGCAGAGGAGCGAUACCGAGUGGACGCAGACCUGCUGAGAGAGAUCCGACAGCACCUGAAGCAUCAGCAGGAGGGUUUGAGUCACCUGAUCAGCGUCAUCAAAGAUGAUCUGGACGACAUCAAGACUAUUGAAGACGGACUCCACGACAGUGUUCACACACGCAGCAGCAAACUGAGCUGACCACACACACACACACACACACACACACACACACACAAACACCUGCAGUCAGACAUGAAUGAUCAGGAUUGUUUAUUUUUACAGUGGUGUUGAUCAGCUGGAGUGUUUUACUGACUUUAAUAAAACUCAUCUGUCAUUCACA